GGAAAAUAAAUAAAAAAGAAUGCAAAUAAAGCCGUAUUUCAUUACACACCCUUCUAACAAACAAAGAAGUAGGAAUCCUUCUCCUCAUUCAUCAUUCACUUCUUCUCUCCCUAUUUUUUUUCACCUUUCUAUCACUUCUCCCUCUCUCUUACACCAAUUUCUUCGUCAUCUCCAAACAUGGCAAGAGGCGCCUCUCAAUCUCAGUCGGCAACAUCUGCCACCACCACUCGCCCGGGAGUCAUGGCUCCCCGCGGCUCCGCUGCCGCCACUGCCGGCAUGCGUCGCCGUCGCCUAGCUGGAGGCAGCACAGGCGGAAACAGCUCCGGCAGCGUUGGAGGCGGUGGAGGGCCUAGCAACAUGCUCCGGUUCUACACGGACGACGCGCCAGGACUGAAGAUAUCGCCGACGGUGGUGCUGGUGAUGAGCCUCUGCUUCAUCGGCUUCGUCACCGCCCUACAUGUCUUCGGCAAGCUGUACCGCUACAAAGCUGGCGCCAACGCUUGAUCCUUCAACUUCCGAUCCGAUCGGAUCUCCUUUGAAUUUGUUCUUCUUGUGAUCCGUGCCCUAAUUAAGAGCUUGAUUUUCGAUUCUCCUUUUUGUAAUUCAACGCUGCGUUUUAUGUUCUUGCUUUGACAGGGUUAAUCUUUUUUCUUUUUUUUUUUCUGGAUGCUGUAAAUUUUCCGUGGGCUUAAUUUUGAAUUAGACUUGCUAA